AUGCUUCCACUGCUGGAAUUCACAACAGUUGGCACCCUAUUUCACCCUGAUGGUGCCACGGGAAAGCUUCCCACCGUAGUGGCCGCAGGUGGAUGGUGCUACACCAAAAAGAUUGUGUUGCCGCACAUUGCACGCAUUGUCAACCAGAAAGGUAUCCAGUUCCUUGGAUUCGACUACGCAGGCUUUGGAGAAAGUUCGAUGGACCGUCGCCAGCACCUAGACCCUUGGAAGCAGAUUUCGGACUAUCGAAACGCACUGACUUACGUCGAGAGCCGCGACGAUGUGGACUCAAACUGGUCCAAAGCACAAGCUCCUGGCAGAAAGAUCGCAGACUGGGUACUGGGGAGUCUGCCACUAUUCCUGUCCACGGGGUCAUGA